UCUCUUAUUUUGUUUGUUUUUAGUUAUACAGGUAUCACUAAGGCUUCUGUUUAUCAGAUGUUAUAAGUUACUAAACGUUUACUUUCUUUUGUGAUGUCCUUGCUUAUGCAAAAUAAAUUUGAACUUGGAUGAAAGUUAAGAGGGUUCGUAAUGUAGUCCAAUAAAAAACCGAGUUUUCUGAAAAACUGGUGAACAGCAAUAGUUAAAAACUUAAAACAAAAACAAAAAAGUGUUCCAUUGAGUUUCCAAGCAGUUCUGAAAAUAUGAGGCCUUAGUGAGUUUUAGUUUUUAUUUCAUAGCAUUUCUGCGGAAAGUCUAAAAUGAGAAAGGGGUACCCUUAAUAGUCAUAUUAAAUUUUCGUUCCUGUACGGGUUUGUGUGUACCUGUGAAAGUCUUUCGUACAAUAUUGUCUGCUGUAUUCUUGCACUGUCAGUUUAUAUUUUUUAUAGACAAUCUUUUUUCUCUCAUUUGAGAUUCGUAUAGUAAACAAAUGAUUACCAUUGGUAAUCAAGCAUUAGUAUUUCUGCAAAGUACAUUUGUUGGUGAUAUUUAUCCUUUUGGUGGUCGUUUAACAUCUGAUAUAGCCAAUUGUGCACGUAACGAAUUAUUUGAUUUUAUUACAUUUUUACAUCCAAGACGAUCAGGUGGAUCAUUGUAUACAAAUUUACGAACGUUAUUACAUUUUAAUACACGUGAUUUUUUUAAUUUAUUAACAAUGGCAUUCAAUGAUGAUGAAUUUUUAAACGCUAUAGAUAUACAAAAACGACGAUCAUUUUUUGAUAUAUUAUUACGAGUUAUGGUUGAUGAUAUAUCAUUUAGUUCAAAUCAAAUUGGAAUAUUAUUUACAUUUUUAGCAAGACAACUGUCAAAAUCUGAUCAAGAACACAUAUUCAUGCAAGGAAUUCUAUUUGAACAGGUAAUGAUCAAUAUUCGAGAAGAUUUUUUAAGGCUCUUUUAUAAUCUGUCAUUAUGUGAUUUUGAUGCAUGCAGUUAA